AUGGUGACUAUUUGGAUACUAAAUAGUUUAGAGACCGAAAUUAGGGAAAGUGUUAUGUACACCGAGUCUGCACAAAAACUAUGGAAGGAAAUUGAACAACGUUAUGAAAAAUCGAAUGGUACUAAGCUCUUUCAGAUUAGAAAAGGCCUUGCUUCCAUCUCCCAAGGUUCUUCAAAUAUUGCUUCUUAUUUUAAUCGCAUCAAGAAGCUUUGGGAUGAACUGGCCUAUUCCAUCUCGUACCUAGAAUGUAACUUUGGAUGUAAGGAGGCAUUUCAGAAGUUGGAGGAUGAACAAAAGAUGCAUCAAUUCCUUAUGGGUUUGAAUGAGGCUUAUUCCGGUGUUUGA